GUGGGGCAGCGUGGGAGAACCGUCCCCAGUGAGGGAACCCUGACGACUUCAUUUCGGUCAGCUCUCCGUGAUCCACGGAGGGUGUUGUGGUAUUGGUUUUGAUAAAACUUCACAACCAAUGGGGCUCUUUUGCAAGUGAGUGUGGAGUGGUCUUAAUGCUGAAAAUACUCCUGUUGGCCAGGCCCCCGGAGCCAUGCAGAUGAGGGAGGGAUGCAGGAAAUUCUGUUGUUUACACGUGUCUGUAACACUGAGCCGCCACAGCAGCCCGCAAGCCCGGAGGGCCUGAGAAGAUAAAUAUGAAUUUAGAUUCCAUUCAUCGGUUGAUCGAGGAAACACAAAUCUUCCGGAUGCAGCCGUCCUCCGCGAAGACACCUCGGGACUCGGUGGCACCCGCCUCGGCCCCCCGGGGCCCCUGCGAGGCCUGCUGGCCGCCCAGCGGGCUCCAGUCCCAGGCCGCUCCCCGCGUCUGGGCUUGCUCCCGCCACGCGGACGAGUGGGACGUGUGCGAGGAGCUGCGCCUGCGGGAACUGGAGGAGGCCAAGGCCAGGGCCGCUCAGAUGGAGAAGACCAUGCGGUGGUGGUCCGACUGCACCGCCAACUGGCGGGAGAAGUGGAGUAAGGUGCGCGCCGAGCGCAACAGCGCGCGGGAGGAGGGGCGGCAGCUGCGGGUGAAGCUGGAGAUGGCCGUGAAAGAGCUGAGCGCCCUGAAGAAGAGGCAGAGCUCCCCGGAGGCCUCGGAGGCGCGCGUCCCCCAGGACCAGAGGCGUCCUCCUAGCUCCAUGGCAGUGUCCUGCGCGCAAAGGGACCAAUGUCGAGUUGGUCUGCGAACGUGCGAGCCCAGCAGAGAGUGUUUGGUGACGGGAGAAUCUCCUAGAAAGGACAACUCCGGUAGUUUGGAAGAAGGUUUGGCUCUGGACCCGCUAAGGCCGACCAAGGACGUGAAACUCUGCCUGGGCCGCCCCGACGCGUUCAGGGACGCUGGCUCUGAAAACGGGGCCCUGGGACCUGGACUGAGGCACCUGGGAGGACACCUGCCCUUGCAGAAUGGGGUGCCUGAAAUGGCAGCUUUGCAGGUGCAUUGGGAGGAGUUCCAAAAAGUCUUAAGGAAAGAAAGAGAACUGCGUUCGUCUCUGGAAAAAGAAAUAGAGCGCCUGGAGUCGGCCGUGUCUUUGUGGAAAGGGAAGUACGAAGAGCUGAAGGAGUCGACGCUGAAAACGAGGAAGGAGUUUACCGCUCUUCACGGUCAACAUAAAACUGAAAUGGCAGAACUCUCAGAGGAUGGGAAGGAAAGACCAGAACCCCAAGACAGCCAGGAGAGAGCGACCUGUGAGUUACGAGCCGAGCCCAGUGAGUACGGACGCCUCACCCCCCGCAACGCUGCAGGUAACACAGACACAAAGAGACGCUCCAUCCACGCCGAAGAGAAGAGGCGUCGCCCGGAGGUAACUGGGGCCCCAGAAAGGGUGUGCGAUGAGUUCCCAGGUUUUCUCCUGGCUGCGCACACCCCAGAGCUGGAGCCGAAGAGAAACCAGCGACCUGGAAACUGCCGAGCAGCCCAGAGGGAACCAGAGCAAAGCAACCCAGCCAACAAAGGAAACGGCCCCGUCCCGCAGACCCCCGUUCACGAGCUGAGGGGAGAGACCGACCGCCUCCCUCGCCAGACUGCAAAGGACGUGUGGCAUCUCACUGCCGCAGUGGCGGCCGGCCGAGAAGGCGGAGUAGGAGCCGGGGCAUUCGUAUCUGCCAGGAAUCCAAGACCUCUGACCUGGUUUGAGGUAGGGGCCUGUGGCCUGAUAACUGGGGAGCAAACAUUUGUGCUGAUGGGGGCCAGCCCACAGGAAAGCCCCAUUCUCCACGGCAGUGCACGUGUGGUCGUGAGUGACCGGUUAACAGAUGAGCGUGGCUGCGUUCCAGGAGAACAUCAAAGGAACCCAGAGGAAAGGUAUACUUCUCUAGGAUAUGACCUGCUCUCGGGACAUUUGUAUUGCUCCCCAAUUUUCAGACAAGUAGAGUUUUCCUCUGAAAAACUGUGGGAAUGGACAUGUGCACAAUCCAAAUGGCGCAUGCCGCUUUGUGUCUUCCGUGUUUCACUAGAGAGGCUGCAGGCAGAAAAUACAUCGGAAUGGGGCCAGCGGGAAAUGCUCGAAACAGAAAAACACGGAUCGGAGAGAGUAGAAGGCGAAAGGUCCAGAGGAAGGCUGGAGAGUGCCAGCUCCCAGGGCCCUGAUUUCUGCACAUCACAAAUUGGACUGCAGGAGGAAAACCAGGAACUGCUGGACCUUCACCGCGCCUACCCCACACUCGGCAGACACCACCAGGCGAAAACAGCAGAGCUGACCCCUGCAAGCCACCGGGCGGAUCGGGGUGCAGCUGAGGGAAAGAAACUGAAGUUUCAAGUGGAAGAACUGAAAGAGAGACUCAACCAAAAAGAAGAUAAGCUCAAUGAUGCCCUGAAUCAGAUCCGUAAGCUCCAGAGGUCGCUGGAUGACCAGAAAGAAGCAAAUGAAAACUUGGAAACUGAACUCAGGCACUUACAAAACCGAACUCAUAACUUGUGGUCCCAGUGGAAUAGAGAAAACAUGACGCGCUCAAAAUGAUAACCGAAAUGGCAGUUACCUUGACGAUGUAGAUGGAACUCUUGGCAAGGAAAACAAAAGAAUAUGAGCUACUUCAGAAGAUAGGGCACAAAUAGUUGACUUCCAUCCAUGCGUGUUAAAGGUUUUCUGCUUGGCCCUGAUUGUGGUAUGCUUUAUACCACAGUUUCUAUACUGUUUACUGUAAUCCAAGUUUGGUACUUUGAGUCUCAUCUAACCAAAAAUGUAUAAUGUUUUGCAAAGAUAGUUAACUGCUAACACAUUUCUUUGGUGUUUUAUGGUCUAGACUUGUGAUGUAGUAGCUCUAGGUCAUUUAAAUGUUACUUGGGAUUUAAUAGAAUGCAUUGGCAAUACU